AUGAAGCACCGCAAGGCUGAGGCUGCAAAACUUGCUUGGCCCGUAAUUCAUAAGCGUCUCCAGGACAUUCAAAACAUACCACCAGAUUCCAAGCCACCGUCAAGUCGACGAUUGCUAUCGACUAUAGUCACUCCUCCUAACGCCCUUCGGUGGGUCGAUACUCUGCAGUGGACGCUGGAAGACUGCAACGAGCUGGCCAAGAAAGACCCAAGCGAGCUCAACGAAGACCAUAUUGUCCGCAGAUUACUCUUACUGAACUUGGGCACGAUCUACACUACGAGCACGGUCACCACCAACAUUGCUCAGCUACCCACACAAGACGGAUACGUCGAGGGCUUACGGGAGGAAGUUGGAAGUGAAAAGGGUUACGCGGGAGAGUAG